UUGUGUACUGUCUUCUUUUUGCUUCUUCUCUUUGCUUCUUGUCGCAUUAUAUCUUGCCAGUGCUCCGAGCAACAUCGAUACUACGUUCAGUCACUCUCCACUCCAACACCGGCUGGGCUCGACGGCAUACGAUACGAUGCGCUACGACGACUGGGACGUCAUCCUGUUCCCUACAGGCAGGGACGGCAAGAUUCCAAUCAAGGAGUUCAAGGUCCAGUGUCAUGUAGUCCCAGACCAGGAGCUCGCUCACAUGCACGGACAGGCUGGCUUACCUGUCAUGACUUGCUUCAUUCCCAGUCUUCCAGCCGGCAGUCCGUUCCAGAUCUCGAUGCACGCCUGGAAAACCCCUGAUAUCAGCCUGUUCACAAAGACAUACAGCAGGCAUACCGAGUUCGUCAAGUUCGAGGCGCGCAUAUUCAUCGACGGCCGCUUGGUAGCGUCUACUGCCUUCGAUCGAAAGGUCAACGGGCCCCAUCUGAUUGCAGACACCUUUGAGUAUACAAAGACGGGCGAACGCGAACGCCUAAGGUUUCCUACCUUUCGCCGUGAGCUUCUUUACGAGAGCCACUGGAGCCCUGGCGACGACCUUGGUCGCAUCAAAGUUCUUAUCAGCGAAGGCUUUCCACGCGACUCCGUGACGGUGCCCUUUGAGCGGGUCAAGAAUGUUGUCGCCUUUUCCUUCCAGCAUGCUCCGCUAGAACUGCUUGAAAACAACUCCAUUGCCUGGCCCAACCCAUCCAUGUGGCGCACCCCGACCUACAUCUCGAACAUCCCCGUCCCAACAUACCACCCCGACGAUGGUAUCAACUCCCACGCGCACUCGCCCCAGCGAGGAAAGAAAAGUAGCCAGAGCCCAGGCUUCCCAACGCCCAUCACGACCCACGGCGUAUUCCAGCCUCAACCACCGAACACCAGCUAUGGGGGUACACAAACUCUCCAGAUGCCCUACGCACCCCGAGGCGCUAACACUAGCUCUGGCUCGUCGCUUUCCUACCCCGAUCCAUUCACGGAGCCUUCCUACAUGGACUGGAUUGGCUCAAUGGGUACCAGUUCCUGGCAAUCUAGUAUGCGAAGGGGCACCCAGCAGCAGAGUAGCGAUGAAACCAUGCCCGACUACGGCGAUCCCAAUCGCGACCAACAAGAGGCUAUGCAUGUUUCUGGACAUAGCAUGGAUGACGAACAUCCUAUGAGCAUGAAGGUGCCAACGAAUACCCCGACAACAGUCCCUCCUCCUGCUGAAGACAUGACUACAGGAGUCCACUUCCCCUCCAUGUCUACCCAUAUGCCGUCCAUCCCGUCUGACAUGGCCUCCUGCUUGACCAACACUCUCUUGAACCAGCCGAUGCCACUUCCGCUUCAGCCUCACCAGGUACCUCUCCCGUCUUCGGAUGUCAAAUCACGUAAGGAGAACCGCUUCCUCACGAUCCCUGGUUCCAACCCUUCAUCAGCUCACUCGACCCCCACUGCAGACCAUAGCGACAUCCGCAAGUUCUCACAGCCGGUUUACUCCCAGUGUCCCAUCGCAUCCAACUUGUCCCAAAUGGUCUCCUCCAUGGACGGCGCGGGAAGCUCAAGCGACUCUCCAAGCUUGCAAAGCAUGUUCUCGGUCGCAGGGAGCCAUCAGAAUAGUCCGAGACAGGCCGAGUUUGGGUCCAGUUCCAACAUGUAUGGUGGCCAUGCUUCAUGUCCCAACCCUCCCGGCUUUCCUCCCAGCCUUCCCUCCAACCUUUCCUCCACUUUCUCAUCCAACCUGACUUCGAAUUCUACUUCCAACUUCUCCACGAAUCUCCCUACCAACCCUGCCUCCGGCCCGACCCCAUUUGCCCCUCGAACGGAGAGCUCGCUCAACGCUGGCCAUGGAACCGGACAGAGCAAGGGGAAUGGUAAUGGAAGUGAUUCUGCCGUAGGAAACGGAAACGGGAAUGGCAAUAUCAAGCGGACUCGAAAUUUCACACCCGCUUCUACCAAAGCUAUUGAUGAAGAGGACGAGCCACGCCGAGCGAGCCCUCAUGUGAGAACUAGGGACUAUGCUAAGGAGUAUGGGUUGGAGCAAAACAUGCUUGAACUUUGAAGUUUUAGAAAAAGCUCCAAACACUUGGUUCGAGAGAAGUACUAGUCUUAUUUCGAUCACUGCGAUGAUCCUUCGAGUUAUCAUACUAGUCUGUUGAAAAAGUUUGUUAGUUUGCUCUCCUUGAGGUUUUCUAUCCUGU